GCGCCGCCGCCAUGAAGCGGGCGCAUCCCGAAUACAGCUCGUCGGACAGCGAGGAGCUGGACGAGGCCGUGGAGGUGGAGAAGGAGAGCGCGGACGAGAACGGGAACCUGAGCUCGACCGCGGGCUCUGCGUCGCCGUCAGCCACCUCGCAGAUCCUGGCCAGGAAGCGGCGCCGAGGGAUCAUCGAGAAGCGCCGCCGCGACCGCAUCAACAACAGCCUGUCCGAGCUGCGCCGGCUGGUGCCCAGCGCCUUCGAGAAGCAGGGAUCGGCCAAGCUGGAGAAAGCCGAGAUCCUGCAGAUGACUGUGGAUCACCUGAAGAUGCUGCACACGGCCGGAGGAAAAGGUUAUUUCGAUGCUCAUGCCUUGGCUAUGGACUACCGGAGUCUCGGGUUCCGAGAGUGCCUGGCUGAAGUCGCUCGAUACCUGAGCAUUAUAGAGGGCCUGGAUGCCUCUGACCCGCUGCGGGUCCGACUCGUGUCUCACCUCAAUAACUACGCCUCUCAGCGGGAAGCAGCAAGCGGUGCGCAUGCUGGCAUUGGACACAUUCCUUGGGGCAACGCCUUUGGACAUCACCCUCACAUAUCUCACCCAUUGCUGCUGCCUCAGAAUGGGCCCGGCAAUACCAGUACUCCAGUGUCUUCCUCAGAACCGCAUCACCAGGGCAGAAUUGCCGCCUCACAUGCUGAAACUUCCUCACUCAGAGUGCCCCCAAAUGGCAGCGUCGGACCAGUGCUCCCCGUGGUCACAUCUACUACCAAACUGUCUCCUCCUCUUCUCUCCUCCAUGGCGUCGCUGUCUGCGUUCCCCUUUUCAUUUGGCUCGUUCCAUCUCCUGUCCCCCAAUAUGCUGAGCCCGUCGGCACCAACACAAUCAGCAAACCUUGGCAAACCAUACAGACCAUGGGGGACUGAGAUUGGAGCCUUCUAAGAACUAACUCUUUAGUAAGGGUGGGGAAGCCUGCAAACCUAGCUGAGCUGGGUUAUGCCACUCUUAACAUUGAAGUUCUUAAUAACUGGGACAAAGGUACAGCUUCACCUUAACUAAAUUUGUCUAGAAACUGUCUCUUUGGAUUUUUUUUUGUUUCUUUUUUGUUGUUGUUUUCUACAUUUUUGUAUUAGCAGGAUUUUUUUUUUUUUUUUUUUGAAUAGUUGUCUGAAAAUAAAGUUAACAAUAGUGGAUGUUAACACUUGUGUUAGAUCUGUGCUGAACACUGAAAUCAAUUUUGUAACAGCUCGUUUCGAAUGUUCCGUUUUUCCUGAGUACAUCCGACUGCCUUUUUGUGAAGAGGUAUCACCUAUUAUUGUUAGCUACAGCCUAAUUUAGUUAUUAAUUUUUCCAAGACCACUCUUCUUAACAAGCUGUGUUUUUGUUAAUAUUUUGACACUGAGAUGUUCUAUAAGGAAUUACUGUUUUUGUAAACUAUAUAGGAGUCUUAUAUUUCUGAACAAAGCGUUGACAAAUCAGAUGGACCAGCUUGACCAGCUUUAUCUACGAGCCCAGUUUCUAUUUCUUCUGCUGUGAUUUGGUAUAUUUGGAGGUCUUAUUCUAGUCCCUAGUGGGUGUUUCUUUGCAUCACAGAAUCACUGCAUUAUUUCUUCCACCCAAAGGAGCAGUAUGUGCUUUAGUGCAGACUUUAGAAUGGGGAGGGUGCAAAAGCAAAAUUAGAAACUACAGUUGGUGGUGAGUUUCAUUGCUAGAGAUGUGGAAAAUUUGUUACCCGCAGUAGCCUUCCAGCAUGUUCAACUUACAGGGCCAGAUUCUGCUCUGAGUUACAGUAGAGCAAUUGCUGUGUUACUGGUAUUCUUGGUUAAGUGAAAGCAGAUUCUUUCUCUUUGUGAGCUUCAAAUCUGCACCUGAAACAAAUUAUGCUGGUAUUUAGAUAUCCAAUGGAAUGGUACAGUGGGAACCUGUUCAGUGCACGACUUUGUUGCUUAACAAAUGUAUCCUAACUGGUGCAUUUUUCUGUUGUUGUUUUUGCAUUUUGCUUUUAGGGGCAGUUCAGUGCUACUCCUCAUUUUGCAAGGGCUCUGCUGCAUUCUCGUGUGCGUGAGUGUGUGUGCGUAUGUGUAUACAUGUAUAUUUUGUUUGAUUUCAUGAGAAUCUUAAUCUGAACAGGUUUAUCUAGUGAGUUCCACUGGACUAGGAUUGACUGCUCUUGUAUUUGUGUUGUGGUUAAAUAAAGGAGAAAGAACAACGCAUUUUAAAUGA